CAACGUUGGUCAGCCAAUACCACUUCUAAUCCCACAACCAGAAGCAUCGCUGCUGCGAUUAAGAGCUUCAUCCAAUAAAAGUUUGGCAAACAUUGUUCACAAACAUGCUCGCUUUUGCCCUCACUUCUGUUGCGGUGCCGACGCCAACGAGACGCUUGGCUCCUCCGACGCGCUUCUUCACUGUUGUGGGUCAUGGAUUCCCUUCCUUUCUCCCCAAGCAAGUCCAACAAGUCAAGGAUCCUUUUGCCCGGAGCUUCGCUAUGCGGAUUCAGCGAAUUCCCGUUCCCGAUUGUUCCUUUGUGAAUAGGAUUAUUCAUUAUUUCCUGUCUGCCUGUCUGGUUAACUUCUCAGAAAAUCCCAUUAUGAGUAGCUGCGUGAAGCCAGUGAUGCAAAACAAGGCAAAUCCGUUAGUUCUUCUGCAUGGUUUUGACAGCUCAUGUUUAGAAUGGAGAUAUGCAUAUCCAUUGAUGGAGGAAGCUGGUUUUGAGGCCUGGGCCAUUGACAUUCUUGGUUGGGGUUUCUCUGAUUUAGAAAAUCUUCCAUUAUGCGAUGUAGCAUCCAAGCGCCAUCAUUUCUAUCAGUUUUGGAAGUCUUACAUCAGAAGGCCAAUGAUAUUGGUUGGACCAAGCCUUGGCUCUGCUGUUGCCAUUGACUUCGCCGCCAAUCAUCCGGAAGCUGUGGAAAAGCUUGUUUUGAUUGAUUCCAGUGUAUAUGCAGAGGGAACAGGACCGCUAGCAACCUUACCUAGAGUGGCAGCUUAUGCUGGCGUAUACUUAUUGAAGAGCAUUCCUUUGCGCUUAUAUGCGACCUAUUUGACCUUCUCUGACGUAUCAUUUAGUACCAGUCUCGACUUGGCUAGUGUGGGUCGCUUGCAUUGCUUAAUGCCUUGGUGGGAGGAUGCUACAGUGGAUUUCAUGGCUAGUGGCGGUUAUAAUGUCGCUUCUCUGAUAAAAGAGGUAAAGCACAAAACUCUCAUCCUUUGGGGUGAGAAUGAUCGCAUCAUCAGCAAUAGGCUUGCAGUGCGACUGCAUUCUGAGUACCUGAUGCAAUUAUACGCCAGAUCCCCAGCUGUGGCCAUCUACCUCAUCUUGAAAGCCCCAGUUCAGUUGUUAAAUUGA